AUGAGUUUCGUUGUGCGUCCCUGCGCUCCCAAAGACCUGAAGGACAUCCUACGUCUUAUUAAGCCCUUGUUUAGACCAUUUUCUCUCUUUUUUUUGCAGGAAAUUGCAGUUAUCUACAACGUCCCGUUGACCCAACUGUACACUAAUGUGGAUGUGCUUCACAAACACGGAUUCGGGGAGAGACCCAAAUAUGAGUGUUUUGUGGCCGAAGUUCCCCCGGAACAGAAAAGCAAGGAAGGCCAUACUAUCAUUGGCUACGUCCUAUCCACAUAUACCUAUAGUACCUGGAAAGGGAGAAAUCUUUAUAUCGACAACUUCUACGUCAUGCCGGAAUUUAGAGGGAGGCGCAUUGGGAAGAAGCUCAUGUGCUUAGCUGCUGAGGCGGCUUGGAGACAGGGCUGCACCGAAUUACGAAUGCAUUCUUCGUCCGAAAAGCCGGAAAACCACGCCGUUUUGCAGCGCUGGGAAGCGGAAGACCUCAGCUCCAAACACGGCUGGCACCUUCUCCGCUUCUAUAACGACACCCUGAAGAGGCGGGCUGCCCAGAGCAAGGUCUAG